UCCCCAAACAUCCCAACGCAUCUAGCGACCCUGCACCAACAAGGAAGCUUGUUUGCUGCAGGAGGAUGCCCCAGGAGUGUCGACGCGCCGCUUGAUCGUGAGCUCCACCGAGCCCAGACGAUUUCUUCUAGUCGCAUCCCUCUCCUAUUUAUUGCAUAGUUAAUCGCAUAUUAAUUCCAUCAAAAUGGCGGACCAAAAUAUCUCGCAGUACAAGUACUCGGCGAUGUCCAACCUGGUUCUCCAGGCGGACCGUCGUUUCAUUUCUCGCGUCAACGAUGAACCUACCGGAGACCCGGAAUCCCUCGCAGGUCGGAUUGGCAUUCGGGAGAUGGGCUCAAGGAUGGCGCGUGAUGAUGCGCCAAAGACGAAAAAGAAGACUGCCGGGCCGACAAUUAUCGAGCGAGGCGGAAUUCGAGAGGGCGAAGAUGUACUCGCCCGAGAACAGAGAAAGCGCCAGCGCGGCCAACCAGCACAAUUACGGGGCCAAGGUAUCCUUUCAGCGGCCGAUGCUGUUAUCGAAGGGCUGAAAUACCGUCCUCGGACACCUGCCACCCGAGCCACAUACGAUUUGAUCCUUACUAUGACCGCAAACCAUCUUGGCGAUGUCCCUCACGAAGUCGUACGGAGUGCCGCCGAUGCCGUUCUAGAGUACUUGAAGGAUGAGGAGAUGAAAGAUUUCGAUAAGAAAAAGGAAAUUGAUGAUUUGCUCGGCAGCUCUAUGAACCCCAAGGAGUUUAAUGAACUCGUAAACCUUGGCAAAAAAAUCACCGAUUAUGACGCACAGGAUGAUGAUGAAGAUAUGGAUGGUGGUCUCCAGGGUGAAGGUGAGGAGGAACUCGAUGAACGUCAGGGCGUUGCCGUUGUUUUCGACGAAGAAGACGAAGACGACGAGCGUAUGGGUACUGUCAACGAAGUGCGAGAUGAAGACGAGUCGUCAGACGAGGACGAAGCAGAUCAACAAGAGGCACCCGGGGUUGACGAGUCAACCACUGAAAAGGCAGUUGCCGAUGGACUUGAUACCGAGGAAAUGGUCAUAGAUGGUGGCAUGGAUCGCAGUGAGGACCGACGGGAUAAAUCACUAAAGGUUUCUGCUCGGGAAAUUGAUGCAUACUGGCUUCAACGUCAGGUUGGCAACGCAUACUCAGAUGCCCAUAUACAGCACGAGAAGGCUACCGAAGCACUGGAGAUCCUCAGUGGUACAGGCGAGGAUGGUGCGGAGAAGCCACUGCGAGAUGUGGAAAACGAUCUAAUGGAGCUCUUCGACUAUGACCAUCCCAAUCUUGUUGCUAAACUGGUAACGAACCGUGACAAGAUUGUUUGGGUUACUAGGUGGCGUAGGGUGGCUGAAGAUGCGGAUGCCCGCCACCUUGUUGAGAGUGAAAUGGUUGAAGCCGGACACCGCGCCAUUUUGGACGAGAUCCGGGGCAAGACAGCUCGUGACGAGGGGACAGGUCGGCCCGAGAAGAAGAUCAAACUUGACCUUAUGGAUGUUGACGUGCCAAAUGCACCUGCACCGGAGGAAAAGCCAGCAGAUGGCGGUUUGAUUAGAGGCCUUCAACCAAAGAGACUGAUUAACCUGGAAAACCUCAUCUUCCACCAGGGCAACCAUUUAAUGACAAACCCCAGUGUCAAACUGCCUCAAGGCUCGACCAAACGGACCUUUAAGGGAUACGAAGAGAUCCAUGUACCACCCCCGAAAGCGAAGAGAGAUCCCGGAGAGAAGAACAUUCCAACCACAGAACUGCCCGAAUGGGCACGAAUUGGUUUUGGAAGCUCUAAAGAGCUUAACCGUAUCCAGACCAAGUGUUACCCUUCGGCCUUCCACGAUGAUGGUAACAUGCUUGUCUGUGCGCCUACAGGAUCCGGAAAGACAAAUGUUGCCAUGCUCACUGUCCUUCGAGAAAUUGGGAAGAAUCGUAAUCCUGAAACGGGCGAGAUAAUGCUCGACGAUUUCAAGAUUGUGUUCAUAUCGCCCUUGAAAGCGUUGGUUCAGGAGCAAGUUGGAAACCUUGGCAAACGACUGGAACCUUACGGCAUCAGAGUGGCCGAACUCACUGGUGAUCGCCAGCUUACAAAGCAGCAGAUUGCUGAAACUCAGGUUAUUGUUACGACUCCAGAGAAGUUUGAUGUUGUUACGAGAAAGGCUUCGGAGACAAGCUAUAUCAAGCUUGUGCGACUUGUUAUCAUUGAUGAGAUUCAUCUUCUUCACGACGACCGAGGCCCUGUCAUUGAAAGCAUCGUCAGUCGGAUCAUUCGCAAGGGUGAGCAGACUGGUGAACCUGUGCGUAUUGUUGGUCUAAGUGCCACCCUUCCCAACUACCGUGACGUGGGAAGCUUCUUGCGAGUAGACCCCGUAAAAGACUUGUUCCAUUUCGAUGGCUCUUACAGACCUUGUCCCUUGAAGCAGGAGUUCAUUGGCGUCACAGAUAAGAAAGCUAUCAAGCAGUUGAAGACCAUGAACGAUAUCUGUUACAAUAAGGUUAUCGAGCAAGUCGGGCAGCGACGGAAUCAAAUGCUUAUUUUCGUUCACUCUCGGAAGGAGACAGCUAAAACUGCUAAGUAUAUCAGAGACAAGGCCUUGGAGAUGGAGACUAUUGGUCAAAUCUUACGAAGCGACGCUGCUAGUCGAGCUAUCCUGGCUGAAGAAGCUGAGUCCGUAGAUGAUGCGUCACUCAAAGAUCUCCUUCCCUACGGCUUUGGUAUUCACCAUGCUGGUCUGAGUCUUGCUGAUCGUGACUCAGUUCAGGCGCUCUUCGCGGAUGGCAGUAUCCAGGUUUUGGUUUGUACCGCGACUCUGGCCUGGGGUGUUAAUUUGCCUGCUCAUACCGUUAUUAUCAAAGGUACCCAGGUCUAUUCCCCAGAAAAGGGUAGCUGGGUUGAAUUGAGUCCUCAAGAUGUCCUGCAGAUGUUAGGAAGAGCUGGUCGACCGCAGUACGAUACCUUUGGUGAGGGUAUUAUCAUUACUUCUCAGACCGAAAUUCAGUAUUAUCUCUCCCUCAUGAACCAGCAACUGCCUAUCGAGAGUCAGCUUAUGAGCAAACUUGCUGAUAAUAUGAAUGCUGAGAUUGUUCUUGGAAAUAUCCGGAAUCGCGACGAGGGUGUUGACUGGUUGGGCUAUACCUACCUCUUCGUCCGUAUGCUCCGUUCUCCUGGGCUGUAUAGUGUCGGUGCCGAUUAUGAGAAUGAUGAUGCGUUGGAGCAGAAGCGCGUUGAUCUGGUCCACUCGGCAGCUGUGAUCUUAGAGCGCGCAGGUCUUGUCAAGUAUGAGAAGAAGACUGGGCGUCUUCAGUCUACAGAGUUAGGACGGGUUGCCUCGCAUUAUUACAUUGGUCAUAACUCCAUGUUGACCUAUUCCCAGCAUCUUCAGCCAUCGGUCACUACUAUCGAGCUCUUCCGAAUCUUCGCUCUGAGUGACGAGUUUAAGUAUAUCCCUGUCCGUCAAGAUGAGAAGCUUGAAUUGGCGAAGCUCUUGGGCCGUGUGCCUGUUCCUGUCAAGGAAGGUAUUGAUGAACCUCACUCGAAAAUCAACGUUCUGCUACAGGCGUAUAUCUCAAGACUCAAGCUCGAUGGUCUUGCUUUGAUGGCAGAUAUGGUUUAUGUCACUCAGUCCGCUGGUCGUCUUUUGCGUGCCCUAUUUGAGAUUGCGCUCAGGAAGGGAUGGUCAUCUGUUGCCAAGACCGCCCUCGAUCUCUGCAAGAUGGCUGAAAGGCGGAUGUGGCCCACCAUGACACCUCUUCGCCAGUUCCCAUCCUGCCCCAGAGAUAUCAUGCAGAAAGCGGAAAGAAUUGACGUGCCGUGGGCAAGCUAUCUUGACCUUGAUCCUCCACGCAUGGGUGAACUACUAGGUAUGCCGAAGGCCGGACGUGUUGUCUGCGAUCUAGUGUCCAAGUUCCCUCGUCUGGAGGUUCAGGCACAGGUUCAACCGGUGACACGGUCAAUGCUACGGGUUGAAUUGACAAUUACACCCAACUUUGUCUGGGACGAGAUGUUGCACGGAACCGCACAGGACUUCUGGAUUGUGGUUGAAGACUGUGAUGGUGAGGAAAUCCUUUUCCAUGACCAAUUUAUUCUUCGCAAAGACUAUGCGCAGUCCGAGAUGAAUGAGCAUCUUGUGGAGUUCACCGUCCCCAUCACUGAGCCAAUGCCCCCGAAUUACUUCAUCUCACUCAUUUCAGACCGUUGGAUGCAUUCGGAAACGAAGAUUGCUGUCUCGUUCCAGAAGUUAAUCCUUCCGGAGCGGUUCCCCCCACAUACUCCUCUGUUGGCCAUGCAAAGCGCUCCGAUCAAAGCGUUGAAGCGGGAUGAAUACCAGCAGUUAUACUCUGAGUGGCAAUACUUCAACAAGAUCCAAACACAGACCUUCAAGUCCCUUUUUGAUACGGAUGAUAAUGUCUUCAUCGGUGCCCCUACUGGAAGUGGAAAGACCGUAUGUGCAGAACUUGCGUUAUUGCGUCAUUGGGCCAAGGAAGAUAGCGGUCGCGCUGUCUACAUUGCGCCCUUCCAGGAACUGGUCGAUCAGCGACUUGCAGACUGGGAGAAGCGGUUGAGCAAGCUUUCCGGCGGCAAGGCUAUCAUUAAGCUCACUGGAGAGACUACGGCCGACCUGAAACUUUUGGAGCGGGCAGACCUGGUGCUCGCCACGCCAACUCAGUGGGACGUCCUCUCUAGGCAAUGGCAGAGGCGCAAGAAUGUACAGACCGUACAGCUCUUCAUUGCAGAUGAGCUCCACAUGCUUGGAGGCUAUGGCGGCUACGUUUAUGAGGUUGUGGUGUCCCGCAUGCAUUCUAUCGCCCUCCAACUUGAGAAUGGCAUGCGUAUCAUCGGUCUAAGUGUAUCGCUUGCCAACGCUCGGGAUAUCGGAGAAUGGAUCGGUGCCAGUAAACAUACGAUUUACAACUUCAGUCCUCAUGCCCGUCCUGUGCCUCUGGAGCUCCAUAUUCAAUCAUUUGGCAUCCCUCACUUUCCCUCUCUUAUGCUGGCCAUGGCAAGACCAGCAUAUCUUUCGAUCUUGCAGCUCUCACCGGACAAGCCCGCCAUCAUUUUCGUUCCUAACCGCAAGCAGACCCGCUCAACUGCCAUGGACCUGUUGACCGCUUGUGCCACCGAUGACGACGAAGAUCGAUUCCUGAACGCUGACAUUAAUGAAUUGACUCCGUUGCUUAAUCGGGUCCAGGAGCAAACCCUGGCUGAGUCGCUGUCUCACGGUAUCGGGUACUACCAUGAGGCACUGAGCCCUACGGACAAGCGGAUCGUGUCUCAUCUUUUCUCGAUCGGGGCUAUUCAAGUACUCCUGGCUUCUCGUGAUGUCUGCUGGGAACUCAAUCUCACUGCUCACCUGGUUAUCGUUAUGGGAACGCAAUUUUUCGAGGGCCGCGAGCAUCGGUAUAUUGACUAUCCCAUCAGCGAGAUUCUGCAAAUGUUCGGAAAGGCUUCUCGCCCCGGCGAAGACAAGAUUGGCCGGGGCGUGUUGAUGGUUCCUUCCGUCAAACGUGAAUACUACAAGAAGUUCCUCAACGAGGCACUCCCCGUGGAGAGCCACCUACAGGCUUACUUGCACGAUGCUUUCGUGACUGAAAUUAGCACUAGAGUCAUCGGCUCAACCCAGGAUGCCGUGGACUGGAUGACACACACCUACUUUUACCGCCGCCUUCUAGCUAACCCUAGUUUCUAUGGUCUUGCUGAUGUCAGCUACGAGGGUCUCAGCGCCUUCUUGUCGGAACUUGUAGAGAACACCCUGAAGGAACUUUCCGAAGCUAAGAUCAUCGAUUUGGACGAAGAAGAUGAUAGUGUCUCGCCUCUCAAUGCGGCCAUGAUUGCAGCAUACUACAACAUCUCUUUCAUCACCAUGCAGACAUUCCUCCUCUCUCUGUCAGCUCGUACCAAGCUCAAGGGUAUCUUGGAGAUUGUCACAUCAGCUACAGAGUUCGAGUCCAUCCAGAUGCGUCGCCACGAAGACCACAUUCUGCGCCGCGUGUACGACCGAGUGCCGGUUAAGAUGUCUCAGGCUGCGUAUGACUCGCCUCAUUUCAAGGCAUUUGUUCUGCUACAGGCACACUUUUCGCGCAUGCAGCUCCCAAUUGAUCUGGCCAAGGAUCAGGAAGUCAUCGUUAGCAAGACUCUCAACUUGCUUAGCGCCUGUGUGGACGUUCUCUCCUCGGAAGGCCAUUUGAAUGCAAUGAACGCCAUGGAGAUGUCGCAGAUGGUCGUCCAGGCCAUGUGGGAUCGGGAUAGUCCUCUCAAGCAGAUCCCUCAUUUCAGCCCCGAAAUCGUCAAGGUGGCCAACGAGUUCGGCAUCAAUGACAUUUUCGAGUUUAUGGAAGCCAUGGACCCCUCCGAGAACAAGGACUACGCCACUUUGGUCAAACGGUUGGGUCUGGACAACAAGCAGCUAGCCCAGGCAGCAGCAUUCACCAACGAUAAAUAUCCCAACAUUGAUGUUGACUUCCAAGUCGAAGAUCCGGACAAUAUUGCCGCUGGCGAGCCCUCAUAUCUCAAGAUCAAGAUUGAGCGGGAAGUUGAGGAAGACGAAGAACCCGAUAUGACGGUGCACGCGCCCUUCUACACCAGCAAAAAGAUGGAGAACUGGUGGUUGGUGGUGGGCGAUGAGAAGACCAAGAGCCUGCUUGCCAUCAAGCGAGUUACUGUUGGGCGGAAGUUGGAGUUGCGUCUCGAGUACAUCGUACCGACACCUGGCGAGCAUGAGCUGACAUUGUACUUGAUGAGCGACAGCUACGUGGGUGUUGACCAAGCGCCCACUUUCAGUGUCACGGCCGCUGAGGGUAUGGACGAGGAUGAAAGUGAAGAGGAGGAUGAGGAGUAAAGGAAAGAAUCCAAGAUUUAUUUAUUUUAUUUCAAUUUUUGUUUGAUGCUUCGGGUGGCCUCUGUAUGAUGUUAUUACCUUGGUCCACGUUUGUGUGUGUAAUUAUAUGCUGUAAUGUGGG